CCUCUUUCCCCCAGAGAAGAUUUGCAUGGCCUGGCAGCACAGCCAGAGAGCUGGAGCGGGACUGCACAACCUGGGCAACACGUGCUUCCUCAACUCCGUCCUGCAGUGCCUGACCUACACCCCGCCUCUGGCCAACCACCUGCUCUCUGGGGAGCACAGCCGGGCCUGUGGCCAGAAAGGCUUCUGCGUCAUGUGCAGGAUGGAAGUGCACGUUCAACAGGUCCUGCAUUCCUCAGCCAGUGCCAUCGAGCCUUGGGCUGUCGUCGAUUUUCUCACAGAAAUAGGAGAAAAUUUCCAGCAUGGCAGGCAGGAGGACGCCCACGAGUUCUUACGCUGCACCAUGGAUGCCAUGCAGAGAGCUUGUCUGAGAGGAAACAGCGACUUGGACAUGUCCUCUCAAGCAACCACCAUCGUCCAUCAGAUCUUUGGGGGCUUUCUGAGAUCCAGAGUCACAUGCUGGAGCUGCCAAGCGGUUUCCGAUUCCUACGAGGCCUUCCUGGAUGUUCCUCUGGAUAUCAAAGCAGCCGCAUCUGUCACCGCAGCUCUGGAAGACUUUGUGAAACCGGAGCACCUGGAUGGUGAAAACUGCUUUAAAUGUAGCAAGUAAGGCCAUUAUUGAUG